AUGGCGUCCCAGGAAUACAAUAGUCACCCACUGCCUGCGCCUCCGCCGCAUGGUCAACAAUCGUACCAGAACCAGUACUCACAGUCACCACCGUCCGCGUACGACCAGUCCCCCCUUCCCCAGCCGCCCCAGCCAGCACAGCAGCACCAGUCCCGCCAGCAGCAGGCGCAAUUGACGCAGCAGCCGUCGUACCCGCAGAGGCCGCCCCAGAAGCACCGCCCGAGAUCGAGAGGCUUCAGUUUCCGCUCCGAUAAGAGCGGCCAGGCCAACGGCGCCGGCGGUGGGCACGUCCAGAAGGUCUCGAGUGCUGGGCUGCACGAGACACACGAGGAGAAGGAAUCCAAGCGAUUGCACAGCAAGGCUGAUCCAACAUUGGCCAUGCAGGAAGCGGAGCCUUCUGCUGUCGCCCGCGCCGCGGUAGACUUUGACGAGAAACCGCCGCUUUCAUCAUUGCAGCACAAGGAUCUCAAUGGCGUCGUGAUAGCCGAACCCGAUCGCUCCAAUCCCACCCGCAGCAAAUGGGAACGCCCAUUGGACACCAUACGCAGCUUUGAGGCCGCGUUGGAUGGCAAGACAGACGGCACCAUCAGCAGCCGCCAGUCCAUGUACAGAGGAGACUCUGACUCGGUUGUGAACUGGAACAGGAGGAGCAGUUAUUAUGGCAGUAAGCCGAGACAGCGUGAUCGCUAUCCAGGUGGCUCUACUCACCGUUUGAACCCAGACAGUAACGGCCCUCGCUUUCCCCAUGAUAGCUACUAUGGGGCGCCCGGCGGCCGACCGAUGUCGACUUUCCGACCGGACAGUGCCAUGCUCGACCCUCGUGGCUCGGCCAUGAUGGGCGGCCCGAGAGACGGCUAUUACGACGGCAUGGAGUCGGGACCCAGCGGCGGUUAUGGUGGCAAUGGCGGGAGGAACAGAAUGUCGCGCAUGCAGACUGAUCCACACAUGAGCACCCACCCUGCCGUGAGGCAGAACCUCUACCCGGGCUCCAACAACCACCGGUCUUACGAGACGGUGGCUUCUGCCUCGGGCGGCAGCGCCAGCAUGGGCGAACCGUCGGGAUACCAGACUGAUCCCACUAGUAGCGAGAACAGCUCUAUCAACCGUCGCUCCCCGCCCAAGCAGCGACAGGAGCCCAUGAAUGAUUAUGGCAUCAGCUUUGGGCAGUCACCGGGAUACCAGGCUCCCAAGCUGGGUGCGCCGGAGUCGCAGCCCCGGACUAUGCCAGACAACUCGCACGCUCCCACGCCGCCACCGAAGGCGGGUGGCGGCUCACUCCUGAGAAAGGCGUCAAAGGUUUCGGGCAUGGCAGGCACGCAAAGACCCGAUAUGGGGGAGAAACGCAAGAGUUGGUUCUCACGCCGUUUCAGCAAGAACUCCUAA